UUUUUUUUCUUUUCAUUCUCACUUGGAUAUCAUGGCAUACCUACCUUUACACUAGGUAGUGUACAUGCUGCAAGCGAGUUAUGGCCUCGCGAGACAAUCUACUUUCCAGUCAUGUUCAUCGCGUGGAAACUUGUAUAGCCGGCUCUCGAGCAUUCACCCUCUCCUGGUCGCCUCUUCUAGGCCCCUCCCGUUUCCGCAUCGUGCGCCCAUGUGCUGCUGCCCGCAUGUCCACCCAUAGCAGACGGGAUCCUGGAGAAAUGGCAUCACCUGCGCGGCAGGCUGAAAAGGAGAGGGGUGUCAUGGUGGUGUGCACCAAGUCAAAAGACAACACUUGCAGGGAUUCGCAUGGUCCAUAUCACAACAGCUCGGCCAAUGGCCCGCCGAGACGGCCCCUCAUCACUGGCCAAGUUGCCAGGGGUCAUGACAUGGCCACCCACUGGCGGGACAAGGAGCAAUGCAUGCUGCGCUUUUGCCGACCGUGUCACCACCACCUCUCCAGUCUCCUCCCAUCGUCAAUCAUGGGCCGCCAUGCUGCUCUAGAUCUAUUACUGUUGAUAGGCACGGAGAGGUGGUAUAUUGCACGCAUGCCUACAUGCAGCGGAGUCGGCGACGGAGGAGCAACGACUGGAAGACCCAGACCUUUGGACUGGGCCUGAUAGACCAGGUAGACAAGGGUGGUAUCCGUACCUCAUCCAGCAUCAAUCAACAUCCCU